AUGAAGUCUACACAGCAGAUUAAAUAUCAGAUUGAGUGCUUGUUUAAGAUUUCUGUGUUCCUUUUCUUCAUUUUGGCAGUUGUUGAGAAAUACCUUCUUGAAAAGUCCCGCCUUGUUUCACGAGAGAAGAAUGAGAGGAACUAUCAUGUAUUCUAUUAUUUACUUCUGGGAGCCAGUACAGAGGAGCAGAAAGAGUUUUAUCUUAAACAGCCUGAAGAUUACGCCUACCUCAAACAGCCAAAUUUUGCCAUUGAUGACGGAGAAGAUCUCAGACAUGACUUUGAAAGACUGAAACAGGCUAUGGAAAUGGUUGGUUUCCUUCCAUCUACCAAAAAGCAAAUUUUCUCCGUACUUUCUGCCAUUCUUUAUCUGGGUAAUGUUACAUACAAAAGGAAAACAUCUUCACGAGAUGAAGGUUUGGAAGUAGGACCUCCUGAGGUUUUGUCUACCCUCUCUCAGCUUCUUCAGGUUAAACAGGAGAUGCUGGUUGAGGCUUUGACCAAAAGAAAAACUGUGACCGUCACUGAAAAAUUGAUACUGCCUUACAGUCUUAAUGAGGCAGUAACCGCCCGAGAUUCCAUGGCAAAGUCACUUUACAGUGCUCUCUUUGACUGGAUUGUUCUGCGCAUCAAUCACGCUUUGCUUAACAAAAAGGAUAUGGAGGAGUCUGUUACUUGUUUAUCUAUAGGUGUUUUAGACAUUUUUGGAUUUGAAGAUUUCCAGACCAACAGUUUUGAACAGUUCUGCAUCAAUUAUGCAAAUGAGCAACUUCAGUAUUAUUUCAAUCAGCAUAUCUUCAAGCUAGAACAGGAGGAGUACCAGAGCGAAGACAUCAGCUGGCAUAAUAUUGACUACACUGAUAACGUAGGUUGCAUCCAUUUGAUCAGCAAGAAACCCACUGGCCUGUUUUAUCUUUUGGAUGAAGAAAGCAACUUCCCACAUGCCACUAACCAGACCUUGCUAGCCAAGUUUAAACAACAGCAUGAAGGAAACAAAUUCUUCGUCGACACCCCUGUGAUGGAACCAGCAUUUAUCAUUAAGCACUUUGCUGGAAAAGUCAAAUAUCAAAUCAAGGAUUUCAGGGAGAAAAACACAGACUACAUGCGUCCAGAUAUUGUUGCCUUGCUAAGGAGUAGCGACAGUGCUUAUAUUCGAGAGCUGAUUGGCAUGGAUCCAGUUGCAGUUUUUCGAUGGGCAAUCCUUCGAGCAGCCAUUCGGGCCAUGGCAGUUUUUAACAGAGUUGGACGAGAAAGAGCUCAAAAGACUGCAGGUGUGGUGCGUCGAGGAUCCCGGGUCCCACUUGGAGAACUGCAGAGAGCAAACACUCAGGUUGAAAAGGGUUAUCGCCAUUCCUCGCUACUUGACUUCUCAUUUGAUUACUCUGAGGAGUUCAGUAUCGAGGCAUUUGAGGACAUCUUUGCUUUACAUGAAAGCAAGAAGGAAAUGCAUGCCCGAAUUGUCAAGACUAUUGAGGAAAUGCAGUUGCAGAAUGAAGACCCCCGCCAGCUGCUCAAGUCGUUGAAUCGUCUGCAUCAACCACGUGUGCCAUAUAUGAAAAGUAACAAGCAGAAGCAGAUUAUUCCAAAGAAAUUAAUGGAUUCUCAGUCCCUUAAGUACAUUGUAAGUCUGACGCUCCAUGACCGGACCACAAAGUCUCUGUUACACUUGCACAAAAAAAAGAAGCCCCCGAGCAUCAGUGCACAAUUCCAGACUUCACUCAGUAAGUUGAUGGAAACUCUCGGAAGAGCAGAACCCUUCUUUAUUCGAUGCAUCCGUUCCAAUGCUGAGAAGUGGGAGCUUUUCUUUGAUGAGCCCCUCGUUUUGCAGCAGUUACGGUACACUGGGAUGCUGGAGACUGUUCGUAUCAGAAGAUCUGGUUACAGUGCCAAAUACACAUUUAAGGAGUUCAGAGACCAGUUUCAGGUCUUGCUGCCAAAAAGAACUGGCUCACGGCAGGAGGAUAUUGCAUCUCUUUUAGAGAAGAUGGAAUUGGACAAGAACAACUGGCAGAUUGGAAAAACAAAGGUCUUCCUAAAGGAAACAGAAAGGCAGAUGCUCCAGGACAGACUGCACGAAGAAGUGAUGGGAAAAAUCAUCCUCCUUCAGAGGUGGUUCCGUGUUAUUCUUGCAAGGAAACACUUCCUUAGGAUGAAGGAGGCAGCUACAGUCAUUCAGUCACAUUGGCGAGCAUAUCGGGUCAGGAGAACCCUACUGAAGAAUGCAGCUGCAACAGUUAUUCAAACUCUUUGGAGGAAACACUGGAAGCAGAAAGCAUUCAGACUAUUUCGCCAACGUAUUUGUCUUUUCCAGGCUCGAGCUAGGGGUUACCUGGUUCGUAAGAGGUUUCAGAAGCUUAAGGCUGAGAAGAGAAGAAUGCAACUGAAACAGAAAAAUCAGCAGACACCAGUCAAGAAUGAAAGCCAGACUCCUGACUCUCAUCAGGCUGUAGUACAAACGGUUGACAACAUUGCUUUAAGAAAAUUGGCAGGGACUGAUGAGAUGGAGUUGGAAUCGCCCAGUGAUAGACAGAAAUCUGAAAGGAAUUCUGUCGUUCUUCAGAAAUUGUCCUCAGCUGAAGCUCUUGACAAAGCGACCAGCAGUCGUGAGAAAAGAGAGAAUCGUCGUCAGAGAGGACUGGAGCAUGACAAGUUACAAAAUCAGCGCACUGCAGCUGAGCAGAAAUUGUGUAUCACGUUGGUAUUGGAACCAAAACAUGACAAAGAUACUGAUGCAGAAAACAAUAUAUACAAAAUUGAUACUCUGGUUCCAUUAGACUCUGGUUUAUCAAAGCAAGAUAAGGCUACAGACUUUAAAUGUAAAGAUGUAGAGGGAAAGUUCAGUAAAGUAUUAGACCAGGACCAAAAGAGAAAUGCUCAGUCCCCAGUGCUGCCAAAACGACCCAACAGCCUUCCGCUUGAAGUUACUAACAUUACUACUACACCUUAUGUAGAUCAUGGCCAUCCUGAAGGACAGCGGGAUCUGGACACUUCUUCCCUUGGCACUCCUAAUGUACUUCAGAGAUACGCUGACCCAGAGAAACUUAAGCAUGUGGCUGAGAAGUGGAAAGAGAAGAGGGACUCUUCAGGACAUACUGAAGUUGCAGAUAAAAAAGGUCUAGAUGAUAAAAGCAGCAGCUCACACAGCAACAAAGGAAUUUCCUCAUCUCUGACAGAUAUUACAAAUUUGGCUUCUCCUAAGAAUGAGACUCCUGCAAAAAAGAAGGAUUCAGGCACACCAGAUGGAGAAGAGCUUAAGAAGCAAUUUGUUCAGAAGAAGGUGUCAAACGAUUCAAUGUCAUCUCUGUAUUUGGAUGCCACAGCAGGUUUACAGCAUUCUCAAGGUCACCAUAUGGAUUCAAAAUCUUCCCAGCCAAAAGGACCAUUGCAUUGGCUACUGGGAAAGAAGACAGAUAAAAAGAUUAAGGAUGGGCCUACCACACCAGACAUUGAAAAUAUAGCACUUACCAGUAUCGUGUGUGAUGGUGUCAGUGUGAAAAAAGCUGAUACAUUGCCACGGCAGCACAAUCAAAUGAGCCCUGGAAACCAAGUCCUUAAAGAACGAAACACUAAUGUGAGGAAGGAUGUGAGCGUUUCUUCUACUGUGUCUGCAGUGCAAAAUGUACAGUUGGAAAGGAUCAUCACAAAUGCCAAUGAACUGGAAGCCCUUGAUCAGUACCUAAUCAAGGUGUGCAGCUCAGCUACACUUAAACAUGAAGAUAAAAAUGAAGCAUUAUUUGUUGAAGCCAUUAAAAAGUUUAGAGAAAAUUUGAAAGCUAUGUACACUGUGCCGAUGUGGAAGUCCCAAAUUACUUACAAGAAUCUUAUGGAUAACUACCAACAAAUAUUAAACAUCUUGCUGUCUGCAAGAAAGGAAAAACCUGAUGUCUGUUUUGUCCUUAACCUUUUCCAUUCUCAGUUACAAGACUUCAUACGGCAUUACAUAAAGAAAGGAGAUGCUGAGAUUUCAAAGCCAUCAAAAGCUCGGAAGAAGAAAGGAAAAAAUGUUAUGCCAUUGGAAUAUUGUGGUCAUCUUUUUGAGAACAACCAGCUAAGCAUCCGUCAGUCCUGUGAGCACUGCACAUCCAGUAUCUGGGUAAUGGAUAAAGCUUUGGUCUGUAAAGCUUGUAAUAUGAUCUGCCAUAAGAAGUGUGCUCAGAAAGUCGCCUACUGUCCAAAGGCCCCCUGUAAGAAGGAUAAUCAGAAUGCGGAUUUCCACCAUUUUGGAGUUGAUUUGUGUAGCUUGAUAAGUGAUAAGAACCCAGUGCCAGUAGUGAUGGAGAAACUUCUGGAAUAUGUUGAAAUGCAUGGGCUAUACACUGAAGGGAUUUAUCGAAAAUCUGGGGCAGCAAACAGGAUGAAAGAUCUGCGACAGCGUCUAGAACAAGAUCCGGAUAAUGUGGUGCUAGAGAAUUACCCCAUACAUGCCAUUACUGGUGUCCUGAAACAGUGGUUACGAGAGUUAACAGAGCCUUUGAUGACAUUUGCACAGUACAAAGAAUUCAUUGCUUCUGUUGAUCAUCGUGGGAAGCAGGAGCAACUCCAUGCAAUUUACAAAGCUGUAGAACAGCUUCCCAGAGCCAGCUAUAGCACCUUGGAAAGGCUCAUCUUUCAUUUAGUCAAAGUGGCCUUGUUAGAAGAAACCAACAGAAUGUCCCCUAAUGCCUUAGCCAUUGUCUUUGCACCUUGUAUUUUGCGUGCAGAAUAUGCUGAUCCAUUGACGAGUAUGCAGGAUGUCUCCAAAACAACGAUGUGUGUUGAGAUGUUAAUCAAUGAGCAGAUGAGAAAGUACUUGUCCAAGAUGGAGGAAAUCGAUCAGCUAGAAGCUGCUGAGAGUAUUGCAUUUCGCAGGCUUUCAUUACUUCGACAAAAUACACCAUGGCCCUUUGAACUUCAGCUGUCCUCUCCCUGUGAGGGGUUUCUGAGUAAGAGUUUAAAGGAGUCACUUGACAAGGGCUCACCUGAACUGAGUCCCUUGCCUGAGGAAGACCAGUCCGAUUCUGAAGUGGAUCAAGAAAAGAAAAUUCUUAUCGAACGUAUAAAGUCUAUAAAGGAAGAAAAGGAAGAUAUAACUUAUCGAUUACCAGAGUUAGACCAGCGUGGCUCAGAUGAGGAGAAUAUGGACUCUGAGGCGUCUGUUAGUACAGAAAGUCUGCUCGAUAUUCGAACAUGUGAACUGGAUUCCGAAGGAGCUGUCCGGCUUAGAUCACAGCCACCAAAGUGCAGCAUGAAUACCCUGACAGGUGAUUCAAAAACUGCCAAUGUUCCUUCUGUGAAGGUAUCUCCAACACCGUCGCCAUUGAUCCUACAACACCGACUGUCUUCAAGUUUGGUUAAUCUGAAAGUGCCCCGCCGAAACCCAGUAAUACCAACUGCUAAUUUAAAACUUCCUCAUGGUUUAAUUAAAACAUCUGAGACUCUGUACACAUUGCCUGGUGCUUCAGAACUACAUGUUGAGGUGAAACGUCGAGAGCAGCCAAGCAAACGGAAUAAUGUCUAUUCCUUGUACUUAGCAGAAACAUCUCAUCAGUCUCGACCUGAAGACCCUUUGAGUAAUGAGCCAGCUGCAAAGCUUAAACGACGAUAUUCGGAUCCUUUUUUCAGCAUUUCAGGGGAUCCCAAUGCAGCAUCUUGAUGAUGGAUGUGUAGCUUGCACAAGUCCUCAAUCCUCUGGAGCUUUCAGUGUACCAAGACAUUCAUCAAUGAGCAAGCUUUUUUUUUUUUUUUUUUUUUUUUUUUUUUUGUAGAUGCAGAACUGAAUCUGAAUAAUCUUUGUUCUAAACUCGUAACUAAUUGGGAACUGUUCCAUCCAGAUUUCACACACAUUGUGAAGCGUUUUUCUGAGGUUUCAAAGUCUUAAACAUGCAUACUUGUUCUUAAUUCCCAGAUAAAUGAUGUGCUGAUUGCUUCACAACUCAUGGUGAUAGGAAAAAAGUAACUAUGUUCCUGUCUUGAAAGUUGUGCCUUAUUUGACUUUUUAAACAUGUUUUUAAAAGACUCGUCUUUAUAUGUGAUUUAUAUAAUUUUAUAUGCUGCCCUGUUUUCCAGUGACCAAAUUUAUUUGAUUUCAAAUGCAUUCCAUCUACCUUACCAGGCGGUCUGACAUAAUACGUUGUCCAUCUGUUUUAUUGCAGAAUCUGACAACUUGCUUUUAAAAGUGCUUUUCACUUGAAAACAGUUCAGCCUAAAUAAACUUGAGUUUUUUUCAGGUAAAACAAAUUGUGUGUUUUAUUUUUGUGGACACACAAGGGUUAUAUUGGAUCAGAAAUGGGUCAGAACUUGCUUGAAUUUGUAUCUGCCAAGCAGAUAAGCUAUGGAGAAAGAACUCUGGCAAGAAGUUGGAACAAUAAAUAAAGGUAAUAAGAGGUUUAAAAAAUA